UGAAAUCAAUUCAUCCGCUCCUCCAUUACCCCUUCUAGCAGCUGCUUAACUCUUGGAGUCAUCAUCUAUGUUGACCCGUCACCACUCUCCUUCACCUAAUCAGCUGCAGCCGCCUUUCGCUAUCACCAUCUGAAAAUCAUACCAUUUGUGGAUAUAAAUUCCCAUUUUCUCGUACACAAGCUGCUCCUCCUGAAUUCUCGACAAUGUCUUCUUCUAUACCAUCCAAAAUGAAGGCCUGGGUUUACAACGAGUACGGCGGCGUUGAGGUGUUGAAAUUUGAGGCCGAUUUUCCAGUGCCGGAAGUAAAGGAUGAUCAGGUCUUGGUCAAGGUGGUGGCAGCGUCUCUUAACCCUGUCGAUUACAAGAGGAGGCUAGGGAACUUUAAGGCCAUUGAUUCGAAACCUCCUACUGUUCCAGGCUACGAUGUUGCUGGUGUGGUAGUUAAAGUUGGUAAUGAAGUAAAAGGCCUAAAAGAAGGAGAUGAAGUAUAUGGCGACAUAAAUGAAAAUGCACUAGAACAACCUAAACGAUACGGCUCGUUAGCCGAGUACACAUCUGUGGAGGAAAGAUUACUGGCUCUUAAGCCCAAGAAUCUUGAUUUUGCACAAGCUGCUAGUCUUCCUCUGGCAAUUGAAACUGCCUACGAAGGUCUUGAAACGGCCGGAUUUUCUGCCGGAAAAUCCAUACUCGUUUUAGGUGGUGCUGGUGGAGUUGGAUCUCUUGUAAUCCAGCUUGCAAAACAGGUGUUUGGUGCUUCAAAGAUUGCUGCUACUGCUAGCACAAGUAAACUGGAAUUUCUGAAAAGCUUGGGAGCUGAUUUGGCUAUUGACUACACCAAGGAGAACUUCGAAGACCUACCAGAAAAAUUCGACGUCGUUUAUGAUGCUGUCGGGCAGGAAGAUAGGGCACUGAAAGUAGUGAAGGAAGGUGGCAGUGUACUAUUAAUAGUUGGUGCAAAAACACCUACUGGUUUUUCAUUUGUACUUACUUCAAAUGGAGAAAUGCUGAAGAAGCUAAAUCCAUUUCUAGAGAGUGGGAAGGUGAAGCCGGUGCUUGACCCCAAGGGGCCAUUCCCUUUCGACAAGGUUAAUGAAGCUUUUGCUUAUCUUGAAACAAACCGAGCCACCGGAAAGGUGGUUAUAUAUCCGAUUAAUCCGUGAUCAGCAACUAGAAUACUAAGCUUAUUCCGUCUAAAAAUAUAUGAUACUAUGAUGUUAGAAUCGCAAUGUGGUUGAUAAUAUUUUGAAUAAGAUUUCAGAAUGGCAAUGUGGUUGAGAAUAGUUUGAAUAAUUAUAAAGUUUGUAUGGGGAAUUCUGUAGAUAUUGUUGAAGUGUGUUGUGACUGACAUAUGUAUUAGCUCAUGUAAAAUGGAGAAUAAUAAAGAUGCAGAUAUGAAUAGUCAGAAAAUAUGUGGAGUUCUACAUUUUUCUUCCUUUUCC